AAAAGCUUGGUUAAUCAGUCAUAUUUCGGUAUUCAAAUAGGUAGCACAACCACAGGGCAAACAAAAUUUCUCCAAAAACAUUUGAAAAUUUUUUAAGUUUUCUUUAUUUUUGGGAAAGAAAAAAUUUGUAAACAUAAUGUCAAACGGUCCUGAGUUUGGUUGGGAGUACAGUCACGGCGGAAGCCAGGGCAACAACUUCUCUCAGAUGGGAAUGAACGGUUCAUCUCCUGCUGGUGGUGGCCGCCAGUGGCUGCACUCAAAUCAAGGAAAUGCUGCAAAUACUGGCUUCAUGCAAAGUCAAGGGCAGGUCUCCUACCCCUCGUCAGAGGAUCCUUUUGCCUCAUACAACCAAGUCAUGAUGAGCCAAUAUACGAACUACAAGCCCUCCUUCGGACAUUCCCAAAUGGAUAGAUCAUCUAUGGUCAAUGGCAUGAGUCAAAAUCCCGGCCAAGGAAUGAGCAAUGGAAUGGGCCACGGGAUGGGCCACGGAAUGGGCCAUGGAAUGGGCAACGGAAUGGGUCACGGCAUGGAUCAAAACAUGGGCCAGGCCAUGGGUCAGAGCAUGGGCAAUGGCCUUGGAUCCAUGGGUGGGGGUCAGCGGUUAUCUGGCGGCAACAAUAGGCGAACAAAUGGUCUCAACGAUCCACCCCAAGGCAAUAGAUCAGGCUGGUUCUAAACUCUCAACUCCCGACUAAAUUUAAAUUCGGACCAUCUUAAUCGGAAAACCCAUUCAAAUCUUUUAUAAAACAUAGUUUUAACUGUAUUUCCACAAAGUUUUGAACAUACCCAUAGACAUAAAUCUAAAUCUUUUAUAUAAA